UUGUCUUGUCGUCUGGUCCUAUAAUCAAAAUCAAAAUAGAAAAACAUUCUUGAUCUAGGGGAUGUUGUUGAAGUUAUACCUAACCCAAAAGAGGCUAUAAUAAUACUAUUGGUUUGUAAUUUGUGUACAUUUCGUUGUUAUAGCUUGAGUUUGAACCUAACUUCACUAAAGCGGAGAGCCUAGUCUACACCGAUAAUGAUAUUGUAGUAGUUUUAGAGCAGCCAAUGAAAGAUCAGAAUGAUGACAACACACAAGUCUGGUGGUCAGUCUGGUCGCAAGAAAGUCCAGGUAUCUUUUGUUAUUCGGGAUGAAGUAGAAAAACAACACCGUGCAGGAGUGAACUCGCUCCAGUAUGAUCCGACAUUGCAGAGGCUAUACUCAGCGGGUCGAGACAGCAUCAUCCGCACGUGGAACUGCAAACAACCCAAGGAUCCGUACAUCCAGUCCAUGGAGCAUCACACGGACUGGGUCAACGACAUCGUUCUAUGUUGCGGCGGGAAAAACUUGAUAUCAGCUAGUUCAGACACAACUGUGAAAGUGUGGAACGCUCACAAGGGCUUCUGCAUGUCAACGUUACGUACACACAAGGACUACGUGCGAGCGCUGGCGUACGCUCGGGACAGGGAACAAGUUGCGUCUGCUGGCCUCGACCGUGCAAUCUUCCUCUGGGACGUUAACACUCUUACGGCACUCACUGCCAGCAAUAACACUGUUACUACAUCUUCUUUGAAUGGAAGUAAAAACUCCAUUUACAGCCUAGCAAUGAACCCUCCUGGUACUGUGAUUAUCAGUGGAAGUACAGAGAAAGUUUUGAGGGUUUGGGACCCACGGUCUUGCAACAAACUCAUGAAACUCAUCGGACACGCAGACAACGUGAAGGCCCUGGUAGUGAACAGAGACGGAACUCAGUGUUUGUCAGGCAGUUCAGACGGAACUAUCAAGCUGUGGUCGCUCGGCCAGCAGCAGUGUGUUCACACCUUCAGAAUACAUUCCGAGGGCGUCUGGGCUUUGCUGGCAACGGAAAACUUCACCCAUGUGAUAUCUGGAGGCAGGGAUCGGAAGGUACUCAUGACAGACUUACGGAACCUGAACAAACAGUCAAUCUGCAUCUGUGAAGAGAGCGCUCCGAUCCUCAAGAUGGCUGCCCCACCUGACUUUAGUGGGGUUUGGGUAGCUACGUCAGAAUCUACCAUCAACUACUGGGCGGUACCUAAGAGGGACUGGAUCUCUGAUGGUGGGGUGGGCUCGGGGGACGAUAGUGAUUGCAUGAACGGAGUCACACCCAUCAACGCAAAGCCAGAUAUGACCAUCAAAGGAGGUCCAGCGAUACGCAGGUUCCACAUCUUGAAUGACAAGAGGCACAUACUGACACAGGAUACAGAAAACAACGUGGCCAUCUUUGAUGUUUUAAAGGCUUGCAAGGUUGAAGAUUUGGGACAAGUAAAUUUUGAUGAAGAGGUUAAAGCAAGAUUCAAAAUGGUGUACGUUCCAAACUGGUUUAAUGUAGACCUCAAAACUGGGAUGCUUACAAUUCAUUUGGGACAAGAUGAAAACGACUGCUUCUCUGCCUGGGUCUCGUCAAAAGAAGCUGGUCUUGCUCCUAAUGAAAUGGUUGACCAAAAAGUCAACUAUGGAAACCUAUUAUUGAAAGCCUUGUUGGAGAAUUGGUGGACAACAGUGCAUGUUGAUGAAGAGACUGAGAUAUCAGGCGAUGCCCACAACAUGCCUCAGCAGUCCAAGUUUGGAAACGAGUACUUCAAAGUUCCUGGCCACACGCCAUUGAUUUUUAGUGAGGUGGGGGGAAGAACUUUGUAUCGUCUGUUGGUGAGAGAUGCCGGGGGUGAAACUGAGACUGUACUGCUGAAUGAGACUGUACCUUCAUGGGUAGUGGACAUCAUAGUGGAGAAGAACAUGCCAAAGUUCAACAAAAUACCUUUCUAUCUCAUACCAUUGCCUUCUGCUGGAGCCAAGAAUUCCAAGAGAGACAGACUGAUAGCAAACGACUUCAUACAGAUGCACAAGGUGGCCGAGCAUGUGUAUGAGAAGGUGCUUGGAUCAGACUCAGGCUCCGUGGCAGUGUCCCCUGGAAUGGAGGACCAGGACAACGGAUCUUUGGCCGAGGAGAAAGUGGAAUUGCUGUGCAAUGAUCAGGUAUUGGAUCCUAACAUGGACUUGAGGACGGUUCGACAGUUCAUCUGGAAAACCUCAGCUGAUCUGGUUCUACACUUUAAGCCAAUCAAGGGCCUGUCAACAAUCUCUCAAAGAACUUGAUAAGUGUUACAUUCCAAUGAAUAAUUUUAUAUCUGUACAAUUUAUUUUUUUAAAUAUUAUUUAUGGUGUUUUAAAUGCCCUGUACAUAGUUCAGUAUUCGUAUUUUGUGAUACUUUUGUUAUUUAUAUAACUUAUACAUUUAAUUUUAAAAUUAACUGUUUAUCUAAGCAUAGUUGAAUAUUGUAAGGUUGAUAUUGCUGUUAUUUAAUGAAGUCAUUAGAAAUAAAUAUGGUGACAUUGGUAGACUACCUACUAGUUGAUCCACGACAUAAUGAAGUGUUUAAUUUUUAUUGAAUUGUUAUAGCGAAUUUCCCAUAUAGAGAAUAAGCUAUUACCGUAGGUCUCAUAGUAAGACCUAGACCCCGCCAGGACCGCUUUGCUUUUUCGUUUUGAUGUCUCCAGAGGCCAAAAACCCCAUCCGUUCAUAUAAAUAUUUGACCAUUUGCAUGAUAACUUUAGCAAAAUCAUAUACAAUUUUGAACAAAUUUGGUACAAACGUUGUUGCAUACUAGUUCACCACUUUUCCUUAUUUUUAUUCCAAAUUGAUUUCAAUAUAUUUAUAAUUUUAUUUCCUCUUAGUUCUAAUUACAAUUUCCUAUCUUACUUUCCCAUCCUAAUUUCUUGACAGCUGAAAGUUAUUUAAUUUAAUGUUUUUAUAUAUCAUACUUUUGAUUAUUAUAAAAAAAAACAUUGUGUUUCUAUCUUCAAUACAAUCACCACGAAUAAUUUUAUUCUCAAUUUUAUUUUAAAACCCACAUACAAUUUUUCAUGGGAUUCAAGCAAAAUAUUAUUCAUUUUACCUUUAAACUACAUUAUACAAUCCGUAUUAUGAACAUUGUUAAAUUGUACAUGAAGGAGAAGACAUUUUUAUUGUGAUACUUUUAAUCAUCAAGACAAUGAAUGAACUUGAACUUAAAUUACUCAAGAAGCUAUGAAUCCUUACAUACACAAAACAUGAACAAGAAAACAUGAAACAAAAAUUGGUCAAUUAUAGCAUACCUAAGUACUCCUUUUUAACAUGGUGUUAUUUAAAUAGGAAAUAAAUCUGAUAAAUUUAAGAUAAUUUUUUGGUGUUGUUAUUUAGUCUGCAUUUUUUCUGCAGCGGCAGUAUUUUACUUGCCUGUCAAUCCAUGCUGCUAGGAACACGCUUUAAGAAAUGUCAGAAGUUUAUUGUUUUAAGAAUUUUCGAGAUCAAAAAUUAAUUUUGUUAGUACAUUCCAGUAGUAUAUUCUAAUUUAACGUGACCUUAACUAGCAGUGUUUCAAUGUAGAUAUAAUUUUUAAAAAUGAUUAAUGUCUUACUGUAUUUUGUAGUAAACAUUUUGAAAAUUUAGCUUGCUGUUGCUUGUUGUAUUAGCGAAUUUCCCUAUAGGGAAGUAGCUAUUACCAUAGGUGGCAUGGUAAGACCUAGGCCCGGGACCGAUUUACUUUUCCAUUUUGAUGUCCCCAGAGGCCAAAAACACCAUUCGUUCAAAUUUGUAUAUAUGUAUAUAUAUAUAUAGAUUUAUAUAUAUAUGUGUCCGUGAACGCGAUAACUUGAGUAAUUUUUGUCCGAUUUUGAUGAAAUUUGGUUUAAAGGUAUAAAGCGCGAUAAACUUGAAUGAGUUCGCAAACCAGCAUGAUCGGACUAUGGGAACGGGGGUUUAUGGGGGGUUUUGGGGGGUAAAAAUAGUUUUUUCCCAUUUUGACCCUAUAAACACAAAAUUUCACAAUUUCUUUCUAAACCAUUUUGUAGAGCUUAAAAAACAAAUAAUUUAGUAUAUUGAAGCGUUGUUAUGCGCCUAAUGGUUACGGAGAAAAUUCAAAAAUAUUGUAAUUUUAAAAUUCCCAUGUUAUUCUUAUGGAGAAUAAGUCAACUGUUGUAGUUUGCUUGUUUAUGAACAUAUUUUGAUCAAAUUUGGAAAAUACAUUAAUUUCUUACUAAACUACAGUAGGCCUACCUAUUAACAUUUUACAUAAAAAAAAUACUUUUUACCCUCCCUGUUGCAGCAAACCUAAGUUUUACUCGUUAAACUAAUUCCUUUUAAAUAGGGAAUAAAUGUGAUAUUUUUAAGGAGACAUUUUAGUGUAAAUCCAAUCAGGCAAAUGGAAAUUCGCUAAGUCUGCAGGUUUGCUGCGGCGGGGGUAUUUUUAUUAUUUUGAAACAAUUUUUAGUUAAGGGUUAGAAGAUGUAUUUUGGUGAAUUACUCUACAAGAAACAUGAAAGGAAAUGAAUAUACAGUUUUAUGCUAGUAUCAUAAAUGCAUCAAUAAUCAAUUGAUUUAGAAGAUUUUCAUAAAAUUAAAUCUUCUAUUAGACUGGCAUGGAAUGAAAGAAUUGUGUAAAAACCUUAAUAUAUGCAGCAGGGCUUUAUUUAAUAUUUACAUUAUUUUCUUGUUAUUUCUAUUUUUUUAAAGUUAUUUUUGUUUCUGCACUAUGAUUAUGAAUUUUGAAUAUAAUGUAAUUGGAUCCCUGUAUGAAUGACUCUUUUAAGAUAAGAAUUGUACAUUUGUGAAUUAUG